GUUUGUACUGCUUUUCCAGCUUUACUCUCUCUCUCUUUCUCUCUCUUAACUUUCGUUUACCAAGUUUUCUGUUCUACCUUGUUGCAGACGUGAAACCGGAAAAAGGGUUAGAAAAAUCAGACUUUGUAACUAUCCACGCUUUUGGUCAUGGACAGUUAUUGCCAUUCAGCUGUUGAUCUCAUUCGGGUUAGUUAAUCAACUGGUUUCACUAUCCAUUUGUUUAGCUUCCGGCAAAUUGUGCUUUUGACCAAGUACCGAAGACCUCGGUUUUCAACUUCAAGGUCUAGAUUGUCUAACACUUCUACAUGUUAGAGAAUCUCUGGAGUCAGGAUUGUUUACUCAGUUGACUAAAGUUAGAAUCUGAGUUUGAUAUGAGAUCUAUAGUGAAAAGGGAAAGAACUUGACUUUAUUUUCACCUGAUGCCUUCAUUCUGGAACUGAGCAAAUGGGUUGCUGUGUCUCAACAAGUAGUCAUAGCACUCGUAGUAGCAGGAGCACUGCAGACAAAAACGUUCCGGCGUGUCUGGAAAUAGGAUUCUGUGGUCAAAAGAGUGCAAGGAGAACAUUCUCGGACCAUGUUGUCUCUCUGCACCAGUUACCAUCUUUACCCAACAGAAUUUUCAGCAAUGGAAAGAGCAGGUCUUCUUGCAUAUUUACACAGCAGGGUCGUAAGGGGAUUAAUCAGGAUGCCAUGAUUGUAUGGGAAGAUUUCAUUUCAGAAGAUGUUACCUUUUGUGGUGUCUUUGAUGGCCACGGUCCACACGGUCACCUUGUUGCACGCAAAGUUCGGGAAGCCUUGCCACUCAAACUACUUUCAUUUUUGCAUUCCUCGGAAUCAGGGCAAAAUGGUUCAGGUAAAACUUGUUUCAGAGGAACCAUGAAGCCUGAAAGUGCAGAAUCUGAGAAAGAUGUUGCUGCUGAAGAGAAUCUGAAUUCUAUGUGGAGAGAAGCUUUCAUGAAGGCAUACAAGGCUAUGGAUAAAGAGCUGAGGUCUCAUCCAAAUUUGGACUGCUUCUGUAGUGGGAGCACAGCUGUCACUGUAGUGAAACAGGGUUCAAAUUUGUUCAUGGGCAAUAUUGGGGAUUCCCGAGCAAUCAUGGGAUCCAAGGACAGCAAUGAUGUCAUGGUGGCAACUCAGUUGACCGUUGAUUUGAAGCCUGAUUUGCCAAGAGAAGCAGAAAGAAUCAAACGAUGCAAGGGUAGGGUAUUUGCAUUACAAGAUGAGCCAGAAGUUCAUAGGGUAUGGUUGCCUUUUGAUGAUGCACCAGGAUUAGCAAUGGCUCGAGCAUUUGGAGAUUUUUGCUUGAAGGAAUACGGUGUGAUUUCUAUACCUGAAUUUUCUCAUCGGUUACUAACAGACAAAGAUCAGUUCAUUGUUCUUGCCUCAGAUGGGAUUUGGGAUGUUUUGAGCAACGAAGAGGUGGUCGGGAUAGUAUCUUCAGCACCAACUCGAUCAUCAGCAGCUAGGAUUCUGGUGGAUUCCGCGGCUCGAGAGUGGAAACUUAAGUAUCCUACUUCAAAAGUGGAUGACUGUGCUGUUGUGUGCCUUUUUCUGGAUGGAAAAAUGGAUUCAGAAUCUGACUGUGAUGAGCAAUGUUUUUCUUCUGCUAUCAUGCAGAGCAACGAGUCAAGCAAUCUGGCUGAGACAGAUGAUGGACAAAAGUCUGAGCCAACUUUGCAACGGAACUUUACUGUGAGGUCCUCAAAAGAAAAUGGAAGAGGAGGAGUAUCUGUUGAUGGUGUUGAAGAUGGAACAUCAGGGCCUGAAGAUGAAAACUGGUUAGCUUUGGAGGGUGUGACCCGAGUAAACUCACUGGUUCAACUCCCUAGGUUUUCUGAGGAAAAGCCAAACUGUUGAGUUACGUUGGUUUGGUGGGUUUGUAAUAUACAUGUUGCUACUCAUUCAAUUCAACAAACAAAUUCUCUCUAUGGUUUAGUAAGAAAUUUUGAUGCUUAAUUAAGGCCACCAAAAAAUUACUGAAUAUAAAAAAUGAAUGCCAGAGUCUACAAGCCAGCAAGGGUAAUACACGAAUGAAAUCUGUGAAAUU